AUGAGCGGCUGGGUGGGCUGGGAGGGCGUGGUGGAGGAGUACUCGCUGAGUGCAGGCAAGCUUCUCCUCGGCGUCGCACCCGGCUCGCGUUGUGCCGCACUCGGAGAGCUUCACGCCGGGUCGGUGUGGAAUGGAAGCGUACGGCUGUCGCAGUUGAUCGAAUUUGGGUUCCUCGGCCGCAAGCUCGCAGGAAAGCGGGUCGUCGAGCUCGGUGCUGGCGCCGGUCUACCAUCCCUGACGCUGCUAGCACAGCCCGAGGUGGACGCUUCCGCUUGUGUCGUCAUCUCGGAUUUUGACCAUCCAGCGCUCGUGCAGGCCAUCCGAGAGAACGUGCGCCGCAACGUCAGCGUCCUCUCCUCCGCCGCAGCAGCCCGCUGCCGCGUCGUGGGCCACACGUGGGGCGAGAGCACUGAGCCACUCGAUGCCGCUCUGUCUGAGCUCGGCCUCAGCCUCACGAGCGUCUGCAGCCUGCUCGCGCCGGGCGGUGCGGUCUGGAGCGCGCACUGCCACCACUGGGAGGGGCACGAGGCGGCGGACGAGCACCUGUUCGCUCGCGCCGCCGCGUGCGGCCUCGAUGUGGCUGCGGUGCCCGCCGCCGGCAGCGAGAUGCGCUGCCUCUUCGGCGAAGGGUCGCAGCUCGCUCUCGUGCGCCAGCACGCCGCUCUGUCCGUUUCGCCCCUCGCGGGGCUCGCGGCGGAGGCAGCCCCGCCGCUGCAGCCAGGUGCCGAAGCGCUGUCUGACGAGCCGCUCGAGCCGCUAGACGCGCCCGUGGAGCUCUCGUCGCUGCCCACCGAGCUGCUCGAGCUGGACCUCGCCAUCAGGGCUGGGGUGCGGUCGUUGCUGGCUCCGUCGCCAGGCUCCACCCUCUCGUCGCUGGGCAAUGUGGUCGGGUUCGAGUUUGCCGGCGUGGACCUCGACGACGAGGCGGGCAGCGAGUCCGGCAUCUGUGGCGGCCGCGCCGCCCUUCGCCGCUGGGCGCGCUUCGCCUCGCGCCACGAGAGGCUCCGGCUGCGUGUCGACGCGCAUGCGCCCCCCGCCGUCGCGCUGCGCUACGCGCGCCUGCGCGGCGCCUCCGUCGCUCGCGAGCUCGACUCGCUCGGCCUCUCCCUCGACCGAAUCGACGUCGCGUCCUGGGGCCUCAGCGUCACCGCGGCGGCGGCAGCGUCGGCGCACCCGAACGGCGACUCGGCGCGCGCGGGCUGCGGCUGGGCCGAGAUCUUUGUCUCCCAGGCGAGCGACGGCGGGCAUUCUGACGCCUAA